AUGGUAAAUAACCCUAAAAUCAAAAAACACUUUAGAAAUCAUAUAGGUUAUGAUACAAUUAAAGAUUUAAUUAUUAAAUCAGAAGGAGAAAUUUCAGAAACAACAAUGACUAUAUUAUUUGAUAUGAUUGUGGAUGAUGAAUAUGAUAUAGAAUAUAAAUAUAUAAUCCAAAACUCAGAUUCUUGUUUGUUAUUAUUCAAUUUAUUAAAGUAUUUCCCAUACAAUUUACAAAUAAAGGUUUUAGAGGAAUUUAUUAAGAUGGUUCAAAAGUGCACUACAAAUCAGUCAGUUUGCUGUAAUAACCAUUUAAUUUAUAAUUUAUUAGAAGCAAUUUAUAAAGGUCAACCAAUGUCAAUUACUACUAAAAUUUUAGAAUUAAUUCAAAAUCUUGGUACCCAUUCAGUCACUGUUAGAGAAUUGAAAAAGUUAUUUGGUUUAUUGAAAAGUGACCAAGGUGAAUUCCGUCCACCAAUUACAUCAGAAUUAUUAACUACUCUACAAAAUAUUUCAAAUUCACGUAACCCAGGUCCUCAAGUAUAUUUUGAUUUCGAUGGAAAAGAUUCAUGUAUUAUUUUACCCACUUUCGAUCGUUGGCCAUUCCCAAAAGGGUUCUCAUUCUGUACAUGGGUUCGUAUCGAGUCUUUUAUAGAUCCCACAGGAACUCCAGAGUAUAGACCAAGAUUAUUAUCAUUCCUUUCCGAUAAUGGUUCCGGUAUUGAAGUUCUUUUCAUUUAUCAACAACUACAAGUACUCACUGUUUCUCAUGGUCAAUCUAAAGUUGUUUUCUCACAAUCCCCAUCACUAGAAGAAAAAACUUGGUAUUUCAUUUCGAUUGUUUAUAGCACAAAUUUAAUUUCAUCAAAUGAGGUUAAAAUUUAUAUUAAUGGUCAACAAAUGGCUAAAGCAUCAAUCAAAUUAAACAUCUCUGGUACAAUCAUGAAUCAUUUCAAGAUUGGUAAUAAUUCAAAGAUAUCAGGUGAUCGUGAAAACCCAUUGUAUGGCCAGAUGGGAGCAUUCAAUAUUUUUGAUGAAUCCCUCUCGCCAAACCAAAUCCAAGCUAUAUAUACAUUGGGCCCAAAUUUCAAUACUUCAUUCCAAGAUGUAGAAGGUAGUACAAAGAGUGCUCAUACAUUUGAAAGUUCUCUUACCAGUCAUUUGUUUUUAAAUUAUAAUUGCAGAGCUUUAGAUGGAGAUUUAUGUUUAGAUAAUACUCCUGAUAUUGGCGGUGAUAGAAAUUAUGAUGCAACAUUGGUUUCAAUUAAUCCAUGUGUUUCAAGAGAUCUUAAAGAUAUUAUUUAUUGUUUGGGAGGUAUCAAGGUAUUGUUCCCAUUAAUUCAACAAAUUAACCAAAAACAGCAACCAACAUCUUCAGAGGAUCAAAGCACUGACUCCAACUCAACAAUGAUUAAUUUUAAAUUAACAAAUCAAGUAUUGGCACUAUUUAAACAUAUGUUAAAAGAGAGUGAAGCCAAUCAAGAGGAAAUGUUACGUUGUCAAGGUUUUUCGGUUAUGGGUUACCUUUUACAGCAGAUUUCCCCAGAGUAUUUAACUAUUGGUUGUAUUAAUAUCUUUAGGGAUAUGUCUAAUCAAAUUAGUGAACCUGCAUUGGUCGAAGAAAUCUAUUCAAAUCUCUUAUUAAACUUUUCUCUUUGGGUUAAAACAAAGUUUGAAUUACAAAGAAAUCUUAUUGUUGUUUUAAAACAAAUCAUAUUUGGCGAAAAAUAUGAACAGGUUUCAGACAUUAUUACCGUUCAACUUAUCCUAGAUAUAAUGACAGAUUUUUAUUGGUAUGAUGAAAAUAGUAAAGAAGCUUCUGCUAAGAAUCACCAUUUCUAUAGUAAAGAAAUUUUAGCUAAAAGACCUUCACAUUCAGAUAUUAAAGAUUUACGUCAAAUCCUCUUUGAGGUUUUAAGACUACUAUUAAAACAUCAAAGAUCAUCCGAUAUUCAAUCUGUCAUCAAGUUUUUGGUUUACUGCAAAGAUCCUCAACAAUUAAUUGAAAUGAUGGAAUUUUUAUUGGAUAUUUUAUCAUCAAGCUCUUCUGCAUUAAAUAACUUAACAUCAUCAUUAGGUAGUAGUAAUAGUGGUAGUGGCAACAAUAGUGGUAAUAGUAACAACAUUUCUCAAUUUGUUUUCGAUGAAAUAAUGUCGUCUGGUGGUACAGAUCUCUUUUUAACUUUAUUAAAGAUUGAUGAUGAAAAAGUAAGAAUGGCCGCCUUACAAUUAAUUAGCAAAAUUCAUCUCCUCUGUUCAUUGGCCUCAAACAAAAAGUACAAAUGUAACAUUUUCCAAGAUUCAAUUAUCAUUACUAGAUGCCUCCACACUUUCCCAAUUACUGAAAUUACUUUUAGAUAUUUAUUAGCAUUCGCAUUGGGUUUCAAUUUCACACCUCAAACAUUUAAUACAGCACCAUGUUUAGAUGACAUAUUGGCAAUGGAAAAUAAAAAUAAUACUGAACUAAAACACAGCGAAAUUAAACACAGCGAAAUUUUAGCAGUUAUUCUUAAAUUACUCUCAAAUACAGAAUCAAUUCUUCUACGUCAAACUAUUCUUCAAGAGAUUAAAGUAUUAAUUAAUACUAAUGUCGCAAAUAGAGCAAGUUGCUUAUCAAUCGAUAAAUGGGCAGAUUAUCUUUUUAGUAUUAUCAGUGAUGUCGAGGUUAAAACCGAUACUCAAUACUCUAAUGUUUCAGAUUUAAUUAUAGAUAUUAUGAAAAUUUUAUCACUUCAUAGUUUCUUUGAUUCUAAGACUGGUUAUAAAACAUUAGAGUUAAUUCUAGCAACCCUUAGACCAUUCGGAGAAAGAGGUGUAUUAGAUUAUCAUCAAUUAACUCGUAUAUUAUUAUUGAAUAUUAUUAUUUCAAUCAAAUCAUUAGCUCACACAUUAAUCGGUGAUAAUAACAGUCCAUUAAUCAAGAAAUCAAAGAAAAAUUUAGUGGUAUUCGAAAAUUUAAUUCACUUUUUUAUAAUUUGCGAAGAUUUCAUAUUUUAUUCACCAAAAGAAGAAACAAAACAAGAAAUAUCAUCAAAUGUCAUUAAUUUAAAUAAUAGUGAAGGUAUGAAUAGUUCCUUAGAAAGUAAUUUUGUUCAAAUUAAUAGUUCAACAACUACACCAGCCACUACACCAGCAACAUCAUCACCAAUAUUAACCAACAUCAGUCAAUCAUUAGGAAGUUCAUUAUCUUCAUCAUUUAAUUUAAAUGGUAAUAUUCAUCAAGGUUUCAGUAAAUUACAUUAUGAUUCACAGGAUAAGGAAUGGGAAGAUUCAUUGCUUGUUAAAGAAAUCUUAGAAGUUAUUGAUACAUUAAAACUUUAUAAGGUGUUUGAAGUUUCAAACGAAAGUGUUUUCUCAACUUCAAAUAUUCAACCAACUGGCAAAACUAGCUCCAACUUAAUGUUUUCAACUCAUCAUCAUAGAAUAUUUUUACGUUUCACUUUAGAAGCUAUCAAAGAUUGCAAUAGAGCAGAUUCAUUAAAUACUUUAAUCAGUCAUGUAAUGCGUUUGAAAAUGUUAUGUGAAAAGGACCUUCAUACCAAAUCAGAUGAUAGUGCUGCCAAUAAUCGUUGUAUUUUUGUUUUAUCUCAUUUAAACAAAGCUUUGAAGAAUAUUAUCGAUUUAAAUUUACCAUCUCAUCAAAAAACAUUAGUUCCAUUUAUGAAAGAUGUUAUUAGAAAACUAAAGGUUUUAAUCAUUGAAAAUCUUUCAUUAAAAAUUAUUAGUCAACAACAAUUAUUGCAACAAUUAGAGCAAUCAAAUAAUUUCAGUAGUAGCAAUGGCAGUAAUGGUCACUUUAGUUUAUCAACAUCCUCAAAAAGUGUUAUAAUUCCAUCAUCUGUUAGUAAUGGUGGUAGUGGUACCUACUCAACAUUAUCAAUUUCAGUUCCUCAAAAUUCAUUAUCCCAACAACCACAACAACCAUUAACACCAACAUCAAUUCAAGAUGAAACAGAAAUUUCAAGCUGGGUUGCAGAUUUAACAGAUUCAAGCAGAAUUGUUGAAUUUUGUUCGGUUGUUGUAACAUCACCAAGAUGGUCACAAUUGGUUCAGUAUAUCGAAAGUCAAACUCAAUUUUUCAUUGAAGAAAAACUCUUGUAUCAUUCAGUUGAAAAGAGAAAAAAGAAAACCAAUAAGUUGGUAUUAAAUCUUGACGAAAAAGAGGCUGAACUUUUGAAUAUCGCUGAAAGAAAAGCAGAUUUAGAUUUAAAUGCAAUCCAAUCAAAGUUAUGGGCUCCAGAAUGCGAAAGAAGAUCUUUACAUUUAACCAAAUCUAAAGAAUCGCGUAAUGAAACUACCGUUCAACUCAGAAAAAUAUUAAGAUCUUUGACUAAUGAAAGAGGUCCAUGGGGUACAACAGAAUCAAUAGUACAUUGGAAAUUAGAUAAAACCGAGAACUCUUCAAGAAUGAGAUUAAAAUUAAAGAGAAAUUAUAAAUUUGACGAACAUGCCAAUUGCUCAAUCAAUGACAGCGAAGGUCAAAUAACCAUCAAUUCAAGCAACAAUACUAAAAACAAUUCAAAUGAUGAACAAAUAUCAGAAAGUAAUAACAAUUUAAAUUUAUUAUUAAAACCAAAAACAAAUGGCUCGGAAGAAGUUGAAUCAGAUUGGACAUUAUUACCAAAAGAUGCUGAACAAGAUGAAGUUAAUAUUGAUACAUUUAUUCUUCAACAACAAUUCCAACAACAACAGCAACAAAAAGAAAAGGAAAAGCUUAUCUAUACUACAAAUUGUCAAUGGAUUACACCAUCCAGUUGCAAAAAGGGAAAAUUAGAUAUUACAACAAUGAAUUUAAUUUUCACAGAGGAGGAAGAAGCUCCACCAACCAACUUUAUUGGUCCAUCCGAGAUACCAAAAUUCAAAAGAUGGCCAAAUGAAAUGAUUAAAGAAGUUCAUUUACGUCGUUAUUUACUCCGUGGAAGUGCUAUCGAAAUAUUUAUGCGUGAUAAAACCAAUUAUUUCUUCAACUUUAAAAAGAAUGAAAGAAAUAAAAUUUUCAGCAAAUUAAAUAGCGUCAGAAGAGAAUUUUCUAAAGAACCAAAUCUAUCACCUUCCGACAUGUUAAAGAAAGCUACUUCCGAAUGGCAGUCUAGAAGAAUUUGUAAUUUUGAUUAUUUAAUCACUCUCAAUACCAUCGCUGGUAGAACUUAUAACGAUUUAACUCAAUAUCCAGUAUUCCCUUGGGUUAUUGCAGAUUAUACAUCAAGCGAAUUAGAUUUAUCAAAACCAGAAACAUUCAGAGAUCUAUCAAAACCAGUAGGUGCACUCAAUGAAAAGAGAUUAGAAAUUUUUAAAGAGCGUUACGAAUAUUUCGACGAUCCAGUAAUUCCAAAAUUCUUUUAUGGUAGUCAUUAUAGCAGUGCUGGUAUCGUUUUGUUCUAUUUAAUUCGUUUAGAACCAUUUACAACUCAAUUUUUAACUCUUCAAGGUGGAAGAUUUGAUCACGCAGAUCGUAUGUUUGAUAGUAUACAGUUAGCAUGGGACAAUUCAUUAUCCUCUUCAACUGAUGUUAAAGAAUUAAUUCCAGAGUUUUUCUAUAUGCCAGAGUUUUUAACAAAUCACAAUGGUUUUGACUUUGGUGUAAAACAAAAUGGUGUUGCAAUUGGAGAUGUUCAAUUACCACCAUGGGCCGCUACUCCAUUAGACUUUGUUAGACUCAAUAGAGAAGCUUUAGAAAGUGAUUAUGUUUCAAAUCAUCUUCACGAGUGGAUCGAUUUAAUUUUUGGUAUCAAACAACGUGGUAAAUUAGCAGCAGAGGUAUUUAAUGUAUUCUAUUAUCUCACUUAUGAAGGCUCUGUAGAUAUUGAUGCAAUCGAAGACGAAACCACUAGAAAAGCUACAGAAUCACAAAUUAAUAACUUUGGUCAAACCCCAACUCAACUUUUCCCAAAGAAAUAUCAUGUACAAAGAGAUCCACUUAAUGAAUCACACAUUAGUAUCCUCAAAACUCCUCCAAAUCAAUUACAAGCAUACUUUUUAAAGAUCACAAAUAAAAAUCCAAUUGUUUAUGUAUUCAUUCCAGAUCCAAAUCCAAUUAUGUCAUACUUGGUAACAGAUAAAGUUACAGUAAUCGAUAAAUCAAGAACCACCACCAACCAUAAAUGGUUCCCAAAUACUCCAAAUGAUAAAAUUUCACCAUUUACCUUCGAAUUAGAUCCAUCAUCAACAACUAAACGUAGAAUUGGUUUACCCUUUGCUAAUGAUGUUACCAUUUCACCAAAUUGUUUUGCAAUUACAUCAGAUGGUCGUUAUGUUAUAAGUUGUUGUCACUGGGAUAACUCAUUCAAAUUAUCUUUUGUAGAUAGUGCCAAAUUAAUUCAAUCUGUAGUUAAACAUAAAGAUACUGUUACUUGUCUCUCAUUGGCUUCCGAUGGUCAAACUCUUAUUACUGGUUCUAAAGAUACAACAGUGAUGGUUUGGAAAAUUUCAACAAACAAAGGUGUCCCCAAAUUUGAUGACGUCCCAGACCAUAUUCUUUAUGGUCACGAUGAUGAAAUUACUUGUGUUGAUGUUAAUGUUGGUCUUGAUAUUUCAAUUUCAGGAUCCAAAGAUGGAACAUGUAUUAUUCAUAAUUUAAAACAUGGUGAAUAUGUACGUUCUAUUUAUUUACCAAAACAAACUCCAAUUAGUUUAAUCGCCAUUUCAAAUCAAGGUUAUAUUAUAAUUUAUUCACAAGCUGAUUUAACAAUGUAUUUAUAUAGCAUUAAUGGACAAUUGUUAAAAACAGUUUAUACUCACGAAAGAUUACAUAGUAUUAUCAUAAGUAAAGACUCUGAAUAUCUCUUGACCGGUGGAGAGAAAGGAGUUGUUGUUAUUAGAACUUUAUAUAAUCUCAAGCAAACUCCACACAAAUUAGUGUUUGGUACACCAAUUCAUUCUUUAGCUAUGGCUUCAGAUCAAAAACACUUAAUGGUCGGUUUAGAGGACGGCAGGUUACUUAUCAUUGCUUCCAAUAAU